AUGGACUCCCUCGGCUUCAUCCCCGGUGCAGGCAGCUCCGUCAUCCCCCGAGUGCGCCCAGUGCUUUCCGAUUCCUCGUUCGUCACACCCCUUUCCUCCUCCUCUACCGCCCGUUCGCGCCCGUCCACGGGCGCCGCCAACACCCGCGCAGUUGUCGGCGUCGGUGGCAAUGGCCUUUUCACUCAGUCUAAGCCCUCGGACCGCAAGGUUAUGCCCCCGCCGGAGGACACACGCAAGUGCGUCAAGAUCGUCUACAUCGUUCUGGAAAGCCAGUACCAGAGCUCCAUGACGGCCGCCGCCAACAAGAUUAACUCCGGUAACGCAAACAUCUCCAUGGAGGUUUCGGGCUACUUGCUCGAGGAGUUAAGAGACCCUGCCAAUCUUCAGAUGCUCAAAGAGGACUUGAAGGACGCCAAUAUUUUCAUUGGCAGUUUGAUCUUUGUCCAGGACUUGGCCGAGCUCGUUGUCGAAGCGGUCAAGCCUAUGCGUGAUAACCUCGACGCCUGUAUUAUUUUCCCUUCCAUGCCAGAUGUCAUGCGACUCAACAAGCUCGGCUCCUUUUCCAUGUCUCAGCUUGGUGGAAGCACCAGCGCCAUCGGCAAAUUCAUGCGCAAGAAGAAGCAGGAGAACGGCGCCGCCUUCGAGGAUAGCAUGCUCAAGCUCUUGAGAACGCUUCCCAAGGUUCUCAAGUACCUUCCCAACGACAAGGCCCAAGACGCUCGCUCUUUUAUGAUGUCUUUCCAAUAUUGGCUUGGUGGCUCUACGGAGAACAUCGAAAACUUCCUCCUCAUGAUUACGGACAAGUACGUGUCUGCUGCACCCAUCCCGGCAAAGGUCGCUGAUCCUGUUGUUUAUCCAGACGUUGGGAUUUGGCAUCCAGUCGCUCCACGCAUGUUUGAGGACCUCGAAGAAUACAUGCAGUGGUAUGACAGCGAACAUGCCCCACUUGCCAAUCUUACCGACAAGUCUCCGACCGUCGGACUGGUUCUUGCAAGGACUCAUAUGAUCACAGGCGAUGACUGCCAUUACGUUUCCCUAAUUUCUGAACUCGAAGCGAAUGGCGCACGUGUUAUUCCCGUCUUUUCCAGCGGUCUUGACUACUCUUUACCCAUGGAAAAGUUCUUCUUCCACAAGGGCACUGAGAAUGCCAAUAUCGACGUCCUCGUAUCGCUCACUGGGUUUGCACUUGUCGGUGGACCGGCUCGUCAGGAUCACCCGAAGGCCAUCGCUGCAUUGAAGAAGCUUGACCGACCAUACUUGUGCUCUCUCCCUCUCGUGUUUCAGACUACCGAGGAAUGGAAGGAAUCCGAUCUCGGUCUUCACCCCGUCCAGGUUGCACUGCAGGUUUCGCUUCCAGAGCUUGACGGUGCCAUUGAGCCUGUAAUUUUUGCUGGAAGAGACGGCCAGACCGGCCGUUCAAUUCCGCUUCAGGACCGCAUCAACAACAUUACUCGACGUGCACUCAAGUGGGGCGAACUUCGACGAAAGAAGACUGCCGAGAAAAAAAUUGCCAUCACGAUCUUCUCCUUUCCCCCCGACAAGGGCAAUAUCGGCACAGCGGCGUACCUCGACGUCUUCGGCUCUACAUGGAAGGUCAUGCAGGGCUUGAGACAAGAAGGCUACACGGUUGAUGAUCUUCCGAGUUCGCCCGAAGCCCUCCUGGAGGAACUUCUGCACGACAAGGAGGCGCGCAUUAGCUCCCCGGAAUUGAACAUUGCCUAUCGCAUGCCCAUUGACGAAUAUACCUCAGUUUGUGAGUACCAAGAGGAUUUGCACGAGAAUUGGGGACCGCCUCCGGGUCAUUUGAACACAGAUGGACAAAACAUGGUCAUUUACGGCAAGCAGUACGGAAAUGUGUUUAUCGGUAUCCAACCCAGUUUUGGAUAUGAGGGCGAUCCGAUGCGUCUUUUGUUUGCGAAGAGUGCGUCGCCACAUCAUGGGUUUGCUGCGUUCUACGCAUACCUCGAAAAGAUCUGGAAGGCUGAUGCCGUUUUGCACUUCGGUACUCACGGUUCGCUUGAGUUCAUGCCUGGAAAGCAAGUUGGUAUGUCCGGUAGCUGUUACCCCGACAAGCUCAUCAACUCGAUUCCCAACGUGUAUUACUAUGCUGCGAACAAUCCCUCCGAAGCAACUAUCGCCAAGCGUCGUUCCUAUGCAGGGACGAUUUCGUACCUUACGCCUCCAGCUGAGAAUGCCGGGCUGUACAAAGGUCUCAAGGAGCUCUCUGAAUUGGUUGCUUCAUACCAGGGACAGAAGGAAACUGGCCGUGCAGGUGGCAUUGUGAACUCUAUUGUUGAACUGGCGCGCCAGGUGAACAUGGACAAGGAUGUCCAGUUGCCCGAGGAAGACGCCAAAACGAUGGACAUGGAGACUCGUGACUUGCUUGUCGGCAAGAUUUACAAGAAGCUCAUCGAAAUUGAGUCACGCCUGCUACCGUCUGGCCUUCACACCAUUGGUAAGCCGCCGACAGCCCAGGAGGCUACCGCCACACUGGUUAGUAUUGCCAGUUUGGAUCGUCUUGAUGCAAAGGCAGAGAUUUCUGUCAAGUCACUCCCUAGAGUUAUGGCGGAGUCUAUUGGCCGCGACAUUGACGAAGUGUACAAGAACUCCGACAACGGCUUUCUAGCUGACGUGGAUCUUCUUCAGAAGAUUACCGAGGGCAGUCGUGCUGCUGUGACCGCCCUGGUCCAGAACUCUGUCAACGGCGAAGGGCGCAUCGAGGCUGUUGCUGCGUUCAACCUCGGAGCUCUCCUCGAAAAGGUGAUGGGCGUUAAGACUCCCAUGGGCGAGGCCUUGAAGGCGACAGGAUUCCCUGACGUUGAGGACAAGGACAUCGCGGGUAUGAUCGAAUAUCUCGAGUUUUGCUUACGACAAGUAGUUGCUGAUAACGAAAUGGGUGCGUUGAUCAAUGCCCUUGAGGGGCGGUUCAUUCCACCCGGACCUGGAGGCGACCCUGUACGUAAUCCGGAUGUGCUACCCACCGGUAAGAACAUCCACGCUCUGGACCCGCAGAGCCUUCCGACCAUUGCCGCGAUUGACUCGGGCAAGGUUGUUGUGGACAGACUCUUAGAACAGCAGAAGCAACAGGACGGAUGUCUACCAGAGACAAUCAGUGUGAUGAUGUGGGGGUCAGAUUGCUUGAAGACUUCGGGAGAAAGUAUCGCGGAGAUCUACUGGCUCAUUGGGGCUAGGCCGCUUCCUGAUCCUCUCGGUCGAGUGAACAAGGUUGAACUCAUCCCGUUGGAAGAACUUGGUCGGCCGCGUGUGGAUGUCGUUGUGAAUUGCUCAGGCGUGUUCCGUGAUUUGUUCAUCAACCAAAUGGCCCUGAUGGACAAAGCGAUUAAGAUGGCAGCGGAAGCUGAUGAGGAUGGUUCGAUGAACUUUGUUCGCAAGCAUGCCAUCGAGCAGGCAGAGGAAUUGGAGGUGAGUGUGCGAGAGGCUGCGACUCGAGUGUUCUCGAAUGCUUCAGGCAGCUACUCAGCAAAUGUGUCUCUUGCCAUUGAGAAUGGUGGAUGGGAGGACGAGAACCAACUUCAAGACAUGUACCUGUCUCGAAAGGGAUUUGCCUUUAACGCGGACCGCCCAGGAGAGAUGAAGGUGAGCCAGAAGAUUUUCGAAAAGUCUCUUUCGACCGUGGAUGUCACGUUCCAAAACCUUGACAGCGGUGAGAUUUCAUUGACUGAUGUGUCUCACUACCUGGACUCUGACCCGACGAAGGUGGUGCAGAGAUUACGCAAGGAUGGAAAGAAACCCAAGGCGUUCAUCGCAGAUACGACCACUGCUAACGCGCAAGUAAGGUCGCUGUCUGCGACGAUUCGACUAGACACAAGAACUAAGUUGGUAAACCCGAAAUGGAUUGAGGGCAACUUGGCAUCAGGAUACGAAGGUGCCCGGGAAAUCGCGAAGCGUCUUCGUAACACGUACGGAUUCGCGGCUACUUCUGGUGAAGUAGAUAAUUUUGUAUUUCAAGAUGCGAAUGACACGUUCAUUGCGGACGAGGAGAUGCAAAAACGACUUCUGGACUUGAACCCCAACAGUUUCCGUGAUAUGGUAACGACUUUCCUGGAGGCUGCUGGGCGAGGAUACUGGGAGGCAUCAGAUGACGAUCUCGACCGACUUCGCGAGCUGUACAGUGAUGUCGAAGACCGGAUCGAGGGUGUGGAAUAGUCUGGCUACAAUGAGAGCACAUUGUACCCGAUAUAUAUCGAAUCCAGUAUUGAUUUGUGCGGUCGAUGCGACCCCGUUCUACAGUAUGUAGGUUUGUAGGUUUACACUAAAUCUCAAGUUUUUUUGAA